AUGGCGUCCGCGUUUCAAAAUGCGUGGCAAACUGCGCUUGAAGCCGAAGGGAAGCUUCUAAAGAGCCUUGCCGAGAAGGAGCCUACGUUUACCGAAAUCUCGCAUUACCUUUCCGAGUUUCGCGCCGCUUGUCAGAAUGCCAUAAUCCAAGACUUUGAAACAUCUCGCUCUAUCGAUGUUGAAACCCGACUCUGGGAUGCACAUGUUAAAAUUAACACCCGGUUUCGCAAAUUACUCUCCCGCUUUCGCGAGGAGAAUGCAAAGAAGAAGCCGGUAGAAAGACGCAAACUCGAAAAGCAUUACCUUGACUUUAUCAAAUCUAGCCAGAGAUUUUAUCGAGGAUAUAUACAGCAGUUGUCGUCGCACUUCGGAGGUAUCCCGGAGCUUGAAAAAGUUGCGCGGAAGUUCAACUUUGACAAUUUAUCGGCGCAGCCUCCAGUCGAGGCUUCUGACGCUCUCCGUGCAUGUGUCCUUCAAUCAUGCCAUUCAACACUUAUCCGUCUUGGCGAUCUGUCGCGUUACCGCGAGACCGAACUGGUGAGCAAGGACCGCAAUUGGGGUCCCGCUAUUGGCUACUAUGACUUGGCUAUAGCCAUCUAUCCUGCUUCAGGCGCAUCGCACAACCAGUUGGCAGUAAUAGCCCUCGCUGACGGCAAUCACUUGCGGGCCACUUACCACCUAUACCGAGCCCUAGCUGCCCAGGAGCCUCAUCCAUCUGCCAAGGGUAAUUUGGAGAUAGAAUUCAGAAAGGUGCGCCAUGCUUGGCGUAAAAGAGAGUUAAUUCGUCCCGAGGAUGCAGGGAUUCCGGGGCGAGCGUUGGCCCCUUGGUUCGUUUAUCUUCACGCCCAAUGCUACAAAGGAAAUGAUUUUCCCGAGCAUGAUGAGCUUGAGAGUGAAGUUCUGAACCAGCUAGCCGUUGACUUGAAGGAGCGCUCACUUGAAGGGACGCUUCAAAAGUUCUGCCUCAUUAACAUCGCAGCAGAGGACUUCUCGUGGACGCAGCCCGAUGAAGAGUCAGUGUCCAAUUCACGGCUAUUUUUUCAGCGCAUCAACGUUAAGACAUUUUUCACGCUGCUCCAAAUCCUUCUAGCAGAGCUGGAGAGGUUUGCCGUCGAAGACUCGCUCAGCAAAGACGCGAAGAGCGGACCGGACAAGGUCACCGCUGUUGCGCGCCGCGUACUACCUGCUCUACGACAUUAUAGUUCUUGGCUCCUUAUCGUCAAUCAUUCACUGGUGGCACAUAAGGAAGAGAAGGAUACCCCUCUCGCUGUUCAAAUUACGGAGUUUUGGAAGAUCUAUGCCAAUACGUUGAGCCUCCUCGCAUCAACUUUCGACGUUGUUCAUCUUCCGGAAAUCGACUACCUCUUGGAAGAAGAUGAGGAGACUCUGGGGUUUGCGCCGCUCGACAAAGACGCCGCGUCCCGUCGCUAUUUGAGUGCUACUGGCCAGCAGAAGCCCCGAAUGACCGAUGUUGGAGUCGAAAGAAGUCAUCCAAACAUUGAGAUGCUGUACCGGAUCCGUGAAUUCGUGAUUGACGGUCUUGAUCUAGUUGUGAGCAACAGAAUUCCUAUAGCCCUUGUGGAUGAUGAGGAUAAGAAGACCUUUAUCUACAAAGAAGAGGGCCUUCCUUCCCAGUUCUUCGCCAGCCCCUCCGGGCAUCAUAACACGCUCUCCACGGCGAGCGUUGAACGAGAGGAUGUUCAGCAGGCCACUAAGGACGCAAAUUACGUUGCGGAUUCAAGGAGCACUUUUGGCGGUUCGCAAUCUGCCUCUGCUUCAAUGUCCGCUAAUAUGCAUCGCAUUGUCGAAGGGGUCGAACGACUGGUUGAGUCGGACACGUACGAAAACGCUCCCGCACUUCCGGACCAGCUGGCUUUCCCUCGAAACACCAAUCACCAAUCAAUACCUAGCAAUUUCUUCGAAUCUGGCCUCAAUUCGAGCCUUCGCGAGACAGAUGCCGCUGUUCGCUAUCCUCCGAUUGCUCCUCCUGGCCUCCAGCUCUCAAUGCCAAACCCCACAGCUGGGUCAGCAGCUCCACUGUCCCAGUCCUACACUUCUCGUCCUACCCUUCCCGGUAUUCCGAGUAUUUGGAGCAGCGGACUGUCACCUGACAUUGGUGGAUCCUCGGCUCCAAGGACGCCUCCAGGCUUGGGACAACAUCCAGGUCAAGCCAAUACAGCAGACACCAGAAGCCCAGACCCUCACCAUGCAUCCCCUGAUAUGACCACAAACGAGCCCAUCUUCCGGAAAAGCCUCGUUGGACAAACCUCAAUGCACGACCUUCUUGGCGGGUCAAGCUCAAUGUCCCCUUGGAUGUCUUCUUCAACUCCUGCAGCUUAUCAUGGUCUUUCGGGAACAGGCUGGGAUAGAAGCCCUCUGGGAAGAGCGGCUUCCCCUCCUUCUCUCGGAGUACCAAGCCAGCCCAUGUCAAGUGGCUUAGCAAAUGCAUCAUGGGCCAACGAUGCGUUCCUGGCUAGUACAUUAUCCUCCGGAGCGGGCUUCCCAAGUUCUGGUCCCAGCAAUCGUCGAUCUGCUUCACAUUUCGGUGCUAUCGGGCAGACUCCAUCUUACGGCCAGGGCGGGUGA